AUGUCGGCACAGAUUACCAACGACCAAGAACUCCAGCAGUACCCAAAGUCGGGAUAUUAUGCACCUCCAAACACCCCCAUCCUCGGUCCUGAGACUGAGCGUCUUGAUCACUUUUAUGAAAUUUCGAAAGGGCUUUUUGCCCUGAAGCGUGAGGGGGAGGACAAAAUGGAUGAAUUGUCACUCGAUGGUGAUACCGAAGGUGAUCAUAAGAUGAAGAAGUAA